CCUCGGAGAUCCUCGUCGUGUCUGCGUUCUGCCAGGUGGACGGCGCUCCCCGCAGUCACCAUUUCCACCCCGGAGAGUUCCACGCUGGCAGCGCAGCCCCUUCCCCGGCUGAGCAUCGGGCGGAAGACCCUGGUGGCAGCUGCUGUGGGGGUCAUGCUGGUCCUGGUUCUGGUGGUCCUCAUCCCUGUGCUGGUCAGCUCCGUCGGCACGGGUGGCGCCGACGACGGUGCGAGCCACUACGAGAUGCUGGGUACCUGCCGCAUGGUUUGCGACCCCUUCCCCACGGCGGACCCAGGGCCGCAGGCGGGAACCGACGCAGCCACCGCCGGCCUACGCGCGGACAACGACGCGGAUCUGAGGGGCCACAGCAUCGGCCCGCCGCUGCCUACUUCCAGUGCUCACGGCCCACAGGGCCAAUCAGGACGUCCAGGUACGCCUGGACCCCCAGGACCAGCUGGAGAGCCAGGCCCACCGGGACCGACGGGUCCACCGGGAGACGGUGUGGACAUUGUGCGGACUGGGAUUCUGGGAUUAGGGGGUAAAGGGGCAGUUAGCACAACCACAUACAACACCACACCUCGGGUGGCGUUUUUCGCGGGACUACGAAACCCUCAAGAAGGUUACGACGUCCUGCGGUUCGACGACGUGGUGACAAAUAUCGGCGGGAACUUUGAGGGCUCAACCGGCAAGUUCACCUGUAAGAUUCCCGGCACCUACUUUUUCAUCUACAAUGUGCUGAUGAGAGGAGGAGAUGGCACCAGCAUGUGGGCCGACUUGAUCAAGAAUGGGCUGGUCAGGGCCAGCGCCAUCGCUCAAGACCAGGACCAGAGUUACGACUACGCCAGCAACAGUGCCAUCCUUCACCUGGAUGCAGGCGACGAGGUUUUCAUAAAGUUGGACGGGGGCAAGGCUCACGGGGGCAACAGCAACAAAUACAGCACCUUCUCAGGGUUCAUCCUCUAUGCUGACUGAAGACUGGACAGGACGUGGGCUCAGAGGUGAAAGGUCACAGCCAGAAGACAUUCACCGCCUGACUUUCACAGUGAGGUUAACGUUGCCCAUAGUCACUGAUCCACAGUCAGAUUGUUUUUACAGAUGUUUGAGGUCAGCAUUGGCAACGUGACAAGGGCUGUGGAUCUGUGGUUAUCUGUAACUGUCGACCUCCUCAUCCACAUGUCCCAUUGCGUACAGGGUGCCUCUUCUAAUGGACGCGAGCAAGCAACGCAACGGUGACAGUCACGUCAUGUCUCAUGCUGAGGUGCAGUAACAAUUGUGAAAGUGAAAAAGCCUCACAAUCAUUUUUGAGCUGUCAUUUUAAUUUGAAGUCUGGAAAUCUAACAGUCUUGUGGACUGGAGUGUUUGUAAACGUGCAGUUUAGAUUAUGUUCAAACUAUGUUUUCUCAAGCUGUUUGUGCAAUAAGCUGUUGUGCUUCAAGGACUGAGGAGAUGUCUUCUGUCCCAAGAAAUUAUAAUUAGUCAAAAAGUGGAUGCCAAAAAGAGAUUAUGAUUGUUUUUCGUUGGCGGACAAUGUCACAAACUGUAUUGUGUCUCAGUGUGAUGAUUUGGAAAAUCAUGUCAUAUCAGUCUAUUAUAUAUGGCAUAUUGUUAGUGUAUAAACUGUAAAUUUGAUAUUGAAUCUCGAUGUCUGAACACAAUCAAAGUAGUGUAGAUACACCAUAUUGCGUGUCUACUUCAAGAAUAUAGCUGUUGAUCGAUAGUUGUACAAUAUUUCACGUAAUGUGCUCAAUUGUAAAGAUUUAUUUAUUUAACUUAUGCAUGCAACACCUGUGAAAAUAUUCUGUAUGUUUCCACAAGAGAAAAUACAGUAAUUUUAAACAAAGUUUAAAUAGGUGUGGGAUUAAGGAACGUAUAUUGCUGUUGCAUUUCAUUUUAAUGUCCAUGAUUUUUUCAUUAAAAAUAUUGU